AUGGCCGACGCAAACAAGAUCCAGACCCUCGACACCCGCAUGAGCGAGCUCCUGGCAGCCAUCGAAUCCCACCCAAUGAUGACCGGCAGCCAACCCCACCCAACGGGUUUCUAUAUCCAUGACUUCAUCCGCAACACCCACAACAAACUGAGGAGCAUCGACGCCCAGAAGCUCCAGUCGGCAGACCCCGCCACCGUCAAAGAGUUCCAGGAUAUCCGCGGCCGCAAUGUUCUUUCUGAACAGCUGAUCGAGGGCAGCGGGCCCAUGGCACAGAUGAUGCUCAUGAUGGGGGGAGGUUCACUUGACUUUGGGGAUUCUAUCAAGCAGAAGGCUCAGGCGGUUAAUGCUGUCUAA